AUGCCGAGUAAAAGGAAAUUGCCCUCAGCAAAGGAAGAUGCGGCGGCCGUGGAGGAGAGCAAGAGAUCCAGAGGACAAGCCUCCGACAGGCCAGAGAAUGAUGUAGCUUUGGAUUUGGAUUCUGUGACCGGAUCUGAUGGAGUUAUUGCGGGAGAAGAGGGAGCAGAGGAAGUGUUGGACAAUGGGAACAUUGUGAAUACAUCAGAAUUGCUUGAUGUGAAGGAGACAGGUCGGAUUGAGGUAGAGGAAAGUGCUUGCCGAUUUAUCGGAGAGCCGGUUGCCGAUGGAGAAGCUCAACAGCGUUGGCCCCAUCGAUACAAGGCUUCAUCGGAAGUCAUUCGAGCUAGACGCCACUUUACCCAAGCAGAAGUUGACGGACAACUAUUCAAUCUGGAAGAUGAGGCUUAUGUGAAGGCUGACGAAGGGAAAGACAAUUUCAUCUGUAAGAUCAAAGAAAUGUUUGAGGCAGUGGAUGGCUCAAAUAAUUUUACUGCACAAUGGUAUUAUCGGGCCAAUGAUACAGUCAUCAAAUGUUGUGAUAGCUUUAUAGAUGACAAGCGAGUAUUCUUUUCAGAAAUCAAGGAUGACAACCCUCUGGAUUGUCUUGUUAGGAAACUCAAAAUAGUAAAUAUACCAAUAAAAGCUGGAUCAGGUGUAAAGGAAGAAAUGAGAUCAAAGUGUGACUAUUACUAUGAUCAAAUGUACUUGCUUCCAUAUACUUCUUUUGUAACAUUACAAUCAGAUAAUACUGCAAGAUCGUCACUUAGAACAAGAUGGUACUCGAGUGAUGCUGAUGUUGCCGUAGUAUCAAGUUCUGGCGAAAGUUCUGGAGUAAUAGAGCAGGGUAGUGAGAAAACACUUUUGGACUUGUACUCUGGAUGUGGUGCAAUGUCUACUGGGCUUUGUCUUGGGGCAAACAGCUGUGGUGUUAAGCUUGUUACUAAAUGGGCUGUUGAUCUUAACGAGUUUGCAUGUGAAAGCCUCAAAUUAAAUCAUCCAGAGACACAGGUCCGAAAUGAUUCUGCUGAGGAUUUCUUAAACCUGUUGAGGGAAUGGGAGAAGCUUUGUGCCUCCCAUUUAUCAACAGAAACUAGUGGUCCAGUACAUGAACAUAGGGAUUCCGAAAGCAUGGAAAAUGAUCAAAGUGAUGACAGCGGGGAUGAAAGUGGAUCUGAAAUCUUUGAAGUUGCAGAGAUAUUGUCAAUUUGUUACGGUGAUCCAAAUAAAACUGGAAAAUCUGCACUGUAUUUUAAGAUUCGUUGGAAAGGUUAUGGGCCUGAGGAAGACACGUAUGAGCCUUUAGAAGGUUUGAGUGCUUGUGAAGAAAAAUUGAAGGAAUUUGUCUCCAGAGGCUACAAGUCAAAGAUUUUGCCUUUGCCAGGGACUGUCGAUGUUAUAUGUGGUGGUCCACCAUGCCAAGGCAUAAGUGGGUUCAACCGUUUCAGAAACAAGGAAAAUCCUUUAGAAGAUGACAAAAAUAAGCAACUAAUUGUUUUCAUGGACACUGUGGCCUUUCUCAAGCCAAAAUUUGUGUUGAUGGAAAAUGUUGUUGACAUUGUAAAAUUUGCGGGUGGUUUCCUUGGGAGAUAUGCUAUUGGUCGCCUUGUUGGAAUGGGUUAUCAAGCAAGGAUGGGAAUGAUGGCAGCUGGUGCUUAUGGACUCCCACAAUUCCGAAUGCGUGUCUUCAUGUGGGGUGCCCUUUCGACUGAGAAAUUGCCCCAGUACCCAUUGCCUACACAUAAUGUUGUUGUCCGGGGGGUUAUUCCAACAGAGUUUGAGUCAAACACAGUUGCAUACAGUGAAGGCUCUAAAAUUGACCUCAAAAGGGAACUUUUUCUUGGUGAUGCGAUAUCUGACCUUCCACCUGUUGAGAAUGACGAAGCACGAGACGAAAUAUCUUAUGGUUCUGAGCCAGAAACCGAAUUUCAGAGAUUUAUAAGAUUACGGCGGGACGAGAUGUCCGGCUGCUUGGUGUUUAACUCUAAGGUGUCUGAGCAUAACUUGUAUGAUCAUCGGCCCUAUCUAUUAAACCAGGAUGAUUACCAACGCGUGUGUCAGAUUCCUAAGAGAAAGGGUGCAAACUUUAGGGAUCUGCCAGGCGUUAGAGUUCGUGCUGAUAACAAAGUUGAAUUUGAUCCUGAUGUAGAAAGAGUAAAGCUGCCUUCUGGGAAGCCUUUGGUUCCUGAUUAUGCAAUGACUUUUGUGCGUGGAACAUCAUCCAAGCCAUUUGGGCGGUUGUGGUGGGAUGAGACUGUUCCAACUGUGGUUACUAGGGCUGAACCUCAUAACCAGACGAUUGUGCAUCCUGUUCAAGAUAGAGUUCUUACAAUCCGUGAAAAUGCUCGUUUACAAGGUUUUCCAGAUUAUUAUAAACUUCUUGGCCCUAUAAAAGAAAGAUAUAUUCAAGUUGGGAAUGCAGUUGCUGUACCGGUAGCUCGAGCAUUAGGGUACACAUUGGCUUUGGCAUUGAAAGGAUUAUCAGGAGAUGAACCUUUAUUCACCCUUCCUGAUGAAAUCCCUAAGAUUGCUGAUGCUACUUCUCCGGAGGUUUAUUUGUAA